UGUUUGUGGAAGAAGCAAGACCCUAUUCUGAAGGCAAUCUACUGUACUAACAACAUGAUAUUACUUAUCUUCCAACCCCAGAAAUCACAUGCAUGAAUCUGUUCCUUGUUCAUUCCCUCUUUGCAUCAUCAAUAAUUUGAACUAGUAUAAACUACCUCGAGUUUUUAGUUAUUUUUCAUGUUGAAAGGGUGCUGAUUGAAGCAGUAAAACAAGCCAUUCUCUAGAAACAUUGAGUAAUGGAUCAACGACAUAAAGUGAUUCUUCUUCAGCUGCUUCUUUUCCAAGUUCUGCUUGUUGCAUCACAGACAGACAGUCGAGAUUAUUCUGCACUAAACUCCCUUACACAAUCCUGGAGUAACAAGCCACAAAGUUGGGUGGGUCAAGAUCCUUGCAGUGGCUGGGAUGGAAUUCGUUGCAGCAAUACAAGAAUCACCCAAUUGAGAGUUCCAGGCUUGAAUAUUGGUGGCCAACUAUCUUCUGCAAUUGAAUCUUUAUCUGAACUAGACACUCUGGAUCUUUCUUACAACACAGGUUUGACGGGAACAAUUCCAGCAGAAAUUGGAAAUAUGAAAAACCUAAAAUCCCUAUCAUUGGUUGGUUGUGGUUUCUCUGGUCCGAUUCCAGAUUCAAUAGGAUCUCUAACGCAGCUGACCUUUCUAGCAUUGAACUCUAACAAGUUCAGUGGAAAUAUACCUCGCUCUCUUGGCAAUCUAACAAAUAUCAAUUGGCUUGAUCUUGCUGAAAACGAGCUUGAAGGGACUAUCCCUGUCUCUGAUGACCAAGGACGACCAGGCCUUGACCUGCUCCUUAAGGCACAACACUUCCAUAUGGGGAGCAAUAAGCUCACUGGUACAAUACCAGAAAAACUUUUCAACUCCAGUAUGAUUCUGGAACACGUGCUUUUUGACCACAAUCAACUAGAGGGAAGUGUUCCUAGUUCCAUUAGUUCUGUGGGGACAUUGGAAGUUCUGCGCUUAGACAAGAAUGGAUUAACAGGGGGAGUGCCGACAACCUUAAGCAGACUCGGAAAACUAAGUGAGAUCUAUUUAUCUCACAAUAAGCUGAAUGGCAGUUUGCCCGAUUUUACUGGAAUGAAUAGUCUCACCUACGUGGACAUGAGCGACAAUGCUUUCAAUUCCUCUAAUAUACCUUCAUGGGUUUCAGGUCUGCCAGCACUGACAACAGUGAUACUUGGGCAGAACCGGCUCGGUGGCACGCUAAAUCUCAGUAGCUACAGCAAAAGUCUGCAACUCAUAAAUUUGGAGACUAAUGAAAUAACAGAGAUUGACCCGCAAAACAAUCUACCAAGUUUUGAAAUAAGACUAGCUAACAACCCAGUUUGUCGUGAAAGUGGAUCUUCUCAGAAUAGUUACUGCCAAGAAGCAGCACCAAAUCCCUCAUUUUAUUCAACACCAUCCAAUAAUUGUUCUCCUCCAUCUUGCAGUUCUGAUGAUCAGAUUGCCAGCCCAAAUUGUAUAUGUGCAUUUCCCUAUACUGGACUUCUUAUAUCGAGAGCUCUUAGUUUCUCAAACUUCAGUGACGCAAGUUACUAUAGGGAGCUUGAGCAGUCUCUGAUGGAUACUUUCCGAAACCAAAGCCUUCCAGUGGAUUCAGUUGCUCUUAGUAACCCCAUGAGAAAUUCUACUUCUGAUAACUUUGAAUUGACUCUCCAAGUCUUCCCUUCGCAAAGCGAUCGUUUCAAUUCAACUGGAGUUUUAUCCAUUGCUUUUCUGCUUAGCAACCAAAUUUAUAAGCCCCCAGAGUUCUUCUCCCCAUACAUCUUCAAGGGUGCUAAUUAUGAUUACACAGGAGGAGAACCAAAAGGAUCAAAAUCAUCACAUACCGGGAUUAUAGUUGGUGCUGUAGUAGCUGUUGUGGCCUUUAUUGUACUAGCAUCCCUUGCAGGGAUGUAUGCCAUUCGCCAGAAAAGAAGAGCAGAAAGAUCUGCAGGGUUGAACCCUUUUGCUAACUGGGAACAGAAUAAGAAUAGUGGCACUGCUCCUCAGUUGAAAGGAGGACGAUGGUUUGCUUUUGAUGACCUAAGGAAAUACACCAACAACUUCUCAGAAACCAAUACUAUUGGAUCUGGAGGCUAUGGACAGGUCUACCAAGGAACUCUUCCCUCUGGGGAGUUGGUUGCUAUCAAACGGGCUGCAAAAGAAUCUAUGCAGGGUGCUGUUGAGUUUAAAACCGAGAUUGAACUUCUAUCAAGGGUCCAUCACAAGAAUCUCGUUAGUCUUGUGGGUUUCUGUUUUGAGAAGGGUGAACAAAUGCUGGUGUAUGAGUACAUUCCCAAUGGCACUUUAAUGGACAGUCUCUCAGGAAAGUCUGGGAUCUGGAUGGAUUGGAUAAGGAGACUUAAAGUAGCAUUAGGUGCAGCCAGGGGUCUGGCUUAUCUUCAUGAACUUGCUAACCCACCAAUCAUACACAGGGACAUCAAAUCUAGCAAUAUCUUACUUGAUCAUCACCUCAAUGCAAAAGUUGCUGAUUUUGGUCUCUCCAAACUUCUUGUUGAUAGUGAAAGGGGCCAUGUCACUACUCAAGUCAAAGGGACAAUGGGAUACUUGGAUCCUGAAUAUUACAUGACCCAGCAGUUGACAGAAAAGAGUGAUGUUUAUAGCUAUGGAGUGCUAAUGCUGGAACUAGCAACAGCAAGAAGGCCAAUAGAGCAAGGAAAGUAUAUUGUAAGAGAAGUAAUGAGGGUAAUGGACACGUCAAAAGAUUUAUACAACCUUCAUUCCAUUCUAGACCCAACCAUAAUGAAAACAAGGCCAAAAGGUUUAGAAAAGUUUGUGAUGUUGGCAAUGAGGUGUGUCAAAGAAUAUGCAGCUGAGAGGCCUACAAUGGCAGAGGUUGUAAAAGAGAUUGAGAGCAUAAUCGAGCUUGUUGGAUUGAACCCGAAUUCUGAAUCAGCUACAACAUCAGAAACUUACGAGGAAGCAGGUGGAGGAAAAGCCCAACAUCCUUACAGGGAAGAAGAUUUUAGCUAUAGUGGAAUGUUUCCGUCAACAAGGGUAGAACCCCAAUAGGCUUCGCUAUAUUUUUCUUUUGUAAUUUUUUCCUCUCUUCAGAUCGAAUGCCUGAGAUCUGCUGGUGCCAAUUUUGGAUUCGAAUCCUUAUAUACGCAGGUGCUUUACAAAAAAACUUGCUUUCUAGAGAAUGAAGGUUCAAGUUGAAUUUUUAAAUUGAUUCUUGGAAGGUUGUAUUUAUAUCUUUGUUCUUGUCAUGUAAAAUAGUUUGUGAAUUGCAGUAAUAUUUGAAUGAAUGUAAGUAGUGAAGUAUGAUAUUCAACGUUGAACGUUCAAAAGACAGCACAAA